GGCGGGGGAGGGGAGAGAUUGGCCCCUAACUUGGCUGCGUCCGGUCACCUCCACCAAGCAGCCCUCUGGGCCUGCACCUGGAGCCAUGGAAGGAGCCCAGCUCGGUCUCCCCCAGACUCGGGGUACUGAGAACAGAAAUCGUUACAGUGAUAUCUUCAGGAGCCUGGACAACCUGGAGAUUUCUUUGGGAAAUGCGGCUGUGGAAAUGUUGGUUGGAGACCCAGAACCUCUGCAAGACUCUGAGCCAAGAGUAGAGACUAAUGAGACCCAAAGCUGGAGCAGCUCCCCCCCUGGAGAUCCCAUCCUCCUCACAGGGGAGGAACUGGACACCCGGCUUGUACGCAGUGAAGGAGGCGUGGAGGCUGCCCUGGAUUAUGCCAAAAUGUGGAGCAGACACAUAAAAGAGAUCCUAAACUGGACUGAGAAGAGAGCCAGCUAUGAGCUGGAAUUUUCCAAAAACAUCAUGAAACUUGCUGAGGCAGCAAAGGCAUCCCUCCAGCAGCAGCAUCCUCCAGGACCGCUCCGAGACAUCUACGGCCUCUUCCUCGAGCAGGACUUCACCCUGGGAGACCUGACGCUGCAGCUGCUGGCCCAGCAGAAGCAUAAUUAUUACCAGCCCCUGGUGGCUCAGAGGAACGAAAUAGAGAAGAGGCGGAAAGAGAUGAAGGCCCAGUGGGUUCGUGAACAGAAGAGAAUGAAUGAAGCGGUGUUGACCUUGCGGCGAGCUCGGCUCCAGUACCUCCAGAGGAGCGAGGACGCCCAGGCGCGCGUCUUGGGCCUUCCCGAGGUCCCCAGCAAGCAGCAAGAGCGUCGGCGCCGUUCACGGGAGGAGGCCCAGGCCAAGGCGCAGGAAGCUGAAGUUCACUAUCAGGCCUGCGUCCGGGAGGCCAACCUCCGACAGCGGGAUCUGGAGGCUACGAAACAGAAGAUUGUGUCCCGGGUCCGGAAGAUGUUGCUCCGGGGGGAUGUGGAGCUCAAGAAAGUGUCCUUGUACCUCUUCAGCCUCCGAGGGGAUCUGGCUCAGCGAGGACCUCAGGGUUUCUCAGCACUUAGCGAAUGCUGUGUGCCCUUUGAGCCUGGGCAGCGGUACCUUGAGUUUGUACAGACGAUGUGGCCAGAGCCACCUCCUCCAGCCCCACCAGAUUUCUCCUUCCAGGAGUUUGUGACCUCAGCACACGGCUCGCCUCUGGAUGCUCGAAAGAAGAUGCCAUCCCAGCAAUCCUUACAGUCCAACGAAUCCUUAUCAGAGCUCAAUCUCUGGGAGGAUCCUGGGGACCAUGGGAGCCUGGGCAUCUCUCUGGGGAGCGAUGUGGACAGUGUAGGUGGAAGCAGUGAGACUCGGUCCCUGGAUUCUCCUACAUCCAGCCCUGAGCUUGGAGAUGGAGUGGACAAUGAGGCAGUUUGCCCCUUUAAGAAGUUGCCACUGUCCAGUGCAGCCCAAACCCACCGUUUCCGGAAGCUUCGAGGCCCAGCCAAGUGCCGUGAGUGUGAGACCUUCAUGGUCAGCGGGAUCGAGUGUGAGGAGUGCUCUCUGGCUUGCCACAAGCGUUGCCUGCAGUCCCUACUGAUCUCGUGUGGCCACAGGAAGCUCCCAGCCCGAACUCAGCUCUUUGGGGUUGACUUUCUCCAGCUGCCCCGGGACUUCCCAGAGGAGGUGCCCUUCUUGGUCAUCAAAUGCACUGCUGAAAUUGAGCACCGUGCCCUCGGCGUACAGGGUAUUUACCGCAUCAGUGGAUCCAGGGUUCGAGUGGAGAGGCUCUGUCAGGCCUUUGAAAAUGGCUGGUCCUUAGUGGAGUUGUCGGGUAACUCUCCCCACGAUGUCACUGGAGUACUCAAGCACUUCCUUAAGGAGCUCACAGAUCCUCUCAUCCCCUCCCAACUCUAUGGUGCCUUCAUCUCUCUGGCUAAGACCCUGCAACCAGGGGUAUCAUUAGAUGCCCCAAGGAGCUCUGAACCUGAACUCAAUCUUGACUCCAUCCCCAAUACUGACCCUGUGAUUGAAGCUGUCAGUGCCCUGAGAACUCUUUUGAGAGAGUUGCCUGACUCUAACUACAAUACUCUCCGGCACCUAGUGGCGCAUCUGUUCAGGGUAGCCUCUAGGUUUGAGGAAAAUAAGAUGUCGGCCAACAAUUUGGGCAUUGUGUUUGGGCCAACACUGCUGCGGCCACCAAAAGACCAGGGUGGAAUCAGCACCAGCCCAGUGGCCUGCCUCCUGGAUUCAGGAUACCAGGCCCAGAUGAUUGAGUUCCUCAUCGUCCACUAUGAGCAUGUCUUUGGCAUGGAAGAACUCCCUCCGACCACUGCAGAAAUAUCUGACUCUGGAACUCUGGAGCCUGUCACACAGACCUCUGCUGAAGAGGAAACUGAGGCUUCAGGGGUCCAAGCAUCAUCUGAUGAGACAUCACCAUCCAAAGGUGACCUCGUUGAGUGGGUCAUUGGGAACUCCUCAGAAGAGGGAGGAGAAGAUUCCAAUCAAGUUCGUGAGGAAACUCCACUAGGUACACAGUCCCGAGGCCACUUUAGUCGCCAGCCUGUGAAAUAUCCCCGGGCAGGGGUCAUCAGGCCAGUCAUUCACCAGUUGUCCAGUCUGGCCCUGGUGGCCUCUACACUCUGUGAAGAAACUCCUAUCAAGGACCGACAUGGAAGCCUUCGGGGGCAGGGGUCUUGGGCCAGCGCCUCCCCAGAAAGCAGUCCCUUUCGCCGAGCCAAACUGCCAAAGCACUUUGAGAUUACCCAGGAAACAGCCAGACUUCUCUCUAAACUCCAGAGAGAGGAGGUCCCGGAUAGCCAGAUACCAGAAUGCUGCCCUGAGCCAGAGCCUCAAUCUCACCCCCUGCCUUAUCAGUCCCAAUCGCAAUCCCAGUCUCAGCCUGAGCUCCAGCCUCAAUGUCCAUCCCAACCUGAGCUCCAGCCCCAGUUUGAAGAGGUUGAGGACCAUUUAUGACAUAUUCCUUCCUCCCUCCAUCCUGGAAGCCUCAGGAUCAACACAGGUCAUUUUCUGGUCACUCAGAGCAGAGGGAGUGACCAUAUUCUCCUUGCUCUCACUGACCAUUGCUGUCACUAGCAGUCAAUAAAUUUUCCUGCCUUCCUUGUU